GUGAAAGCUUUCUGCAGCACAUUGCUUAUUUCAUUCUGACUAUGAUGCACGUCGCACGGCUCCUGCGCAAGUCCGCUCUGAGGCCUGCCGCAAACCUCGCUACUCGUCGCUUCAACGUUGUCUCUGCCCAGCGCUUUGCUAGCUCUGAGGCCCGUGUCCCCGCGUCUGGUCGUCGCGCAUUCGGUGGACUUUCAUCAACCCCUGCUGUGUGGUCUGCAAAGCGCUUCAACUCAAGCUCUCGCGCCAUGACUGCUGAGGCCGCUGCCGUGGAGGCCGCCGUGGCGCCGGCUGUGUCUGUGGCAGACAACCCCCUGCUCGCCGAUGUAAGCUUCCCCAAGUUUGACCAGGUCAAGCCGGAGCACGUGGUGCCGGGUGUGAAGCACCUGCUGGCGCAGCUGCACGCGGAGAUUGACAAGCUGGAGUCUGCUGUGGAGCCGACCUGGUCGGGUCUGGUUGAGCCGCUGGAGCGCAUCAGCGACCGCCACCAGCGCGUGUGGGGCAUCGUCAGCCACCUCAAGGGUGUGAAGGACUCUCCGGAGCUGCGUGCCGCGGUGGAGGAGGUGCAGCCGGAGAACGUCAAGCUGUCGCUGAGGCUCAGCCAGAGCAAGCCGCUGUACCAGGCGUUCAAGGCUCUGCGCGAGGGCCCGGCCUGGUCGGGCCUGACUGCGGGCCAGCGCCGCAUUGUGGACAACGAGCUGCGUGACUUCGUGCUGGGAGGCGUGGCGCUGGAGGGCGAGGCCAAGGAGCGCUUCAACGCCAUCCAGCAGGAGCUCACGCAGCUGGCCACCAAGUUCAGCAACAACGUGCUGGACGCGACCAAGGCCUACAAGAAGCUGCUGACGCAGCCGGAGGAGGUUGCAGGCCUGCCCGCCACCUCGCUGGGGCUGGCGGCGCAGACGGCGGCGCGCGAGGGCCACGCCGGCGCCACCGCCGAGUCCGGCCCCUGGCUCAUCACGCUGGACUUCCCCUCCUACUUCCCAGUCAUGACACACGCCAAGAACCGCGAGCUGCGGGAGGAGGUGUACCGCGCCUACAUCACCCGCGCCAGCUCGGGUGACGCUGACAACGGCCCCUUGAUCGAGAAGAUCCUGACGUUGCGCGGCGAGAAGGCCCGGCUGCUGGGCUUCAGCUCCUUUGCCGACCUGUCCAUGGCCAGCAAGAUGGCCGACCUGUCCCGGGCCGAGGCGCUGCUGGAGGAGCUGCGGGCCGCCAGCUACGGCGCCGCGCUGGCCGACCGCGACGAGGUGCAGGCCUACGCAGCCAGCCAGGGGUUCCAGGGAGAGCUGGAGUGGUGGGACAUCACGUUCUGGGCUGAGCGGCUGCGUGAGUCCAAGUACAACAUCAGCGAUGAGGAGCUGCGGCCCUACUUCGCACUGCCCACAGUGCUGCAGGGCCUGUGGCAGUUGGCCAACCGGCUGUUCGGGGUGGAGGUGGUGCCGGCGGACGGCGAGGCGCCGGUGUGGCACAAGGACGUGCGCUUCUUCAAGGUCCUGAAGGCCGGCGCGGCCAAGGCCUACUUCUACUUCGACCCCUACUCCCGCCCCGCCGAGAAGCGCGGUGGCGCCUGGAUGGCCGAGGUGGUUGGCCAGAGCUCGCUGUUGGCGCCGCCGGGGCAGGCGGUGCGGCUGCCGGUGGCGCACAUGGUGUGCAACCAGAUGGAGCCCGUGGGCGACAAGCCCAGCCUGAUGACCUUCCGCGAGGUGGAGACCCUGUUCCACGAGUUCGGGCACGCGCUGCAGCACAUGCUCACGGAGGUGCCUGAGGGCAUGGCCAGCGGCAUCCGAAACAUCGAGUGGGACGCCGUGGAACUGCCCAGCCAGUUCAUGGAGAACUGGGCCUACGACCGCGCCACACUCUACAGCUUCGCAAAGCACUACGAGACCGGCGAGCCACUGCCUGAGGAGCUGUUCUCGCGCCUCAAGGCCGCCAAGAACUACCGCAGCGGCACCAUGAUGCUGCGGCAGCUGCACUUUAGCUGCGUGGACCUGGAGCUCCACAGCCGCUUCGUGCCGGGGCAGGGCAAGACGGUGUUUGACGUGGACCAGGAGGUGGCCUCCCGGACGCUGGUGCGCCAGCCCCUGCCCGAGGACCGCUUCCUGUGCACCUUCUCCCACAUCUUCGCGGGCGGCUACGCGGCCGGCUACUACAGCUACAAGUGGGCCGAGGUGCUGUCCGCCGACGCCUUCAAUGCGUUCGAGGAGGCCGGCCUGGACGACGAGUCCGCGGUGCGCGACACGGGCGCCCGCUUCCGUGACACCGUGCUGGCGCUGGGCGGCUCCGUGCCGCCCGCCGAGGUGUUCAAGCGCUUCCGCGGCCGCGAGCCCUCCACCAAGCCCCUGUUGCAGCACAACGGGCUGUUGGCCGCCGCGACCGCGUAAAGACUGUGUGUUAUAACAAAAACGGAAAGACUGUGUGUGUGUGUCGAGUGGUUGGGAGCUGUGGGGUGAGGUUGGGACUCGGGAUGGGUCGGGAGUUAGGGGAGGAAUGGGGAGAGGCGCUACGGUGGCACGUGUGAGGAGGUGGAGGUGGGGAGGCGCGCGGUGCACGCGAGGAGGUUGUGCCAAUGUCUGAACGGCAGGGCCAUGCACGAGGGCCAUGGGUGAACCGCGCAUGCGCAUGUAAUCUGCACAGAAAAUUUUGUAACAUAACGUAAUAUG